UUGUAAUCUCAAUCUACACGUUGGAUUUGCGAGGAUGCAAUGUCAACGGUCCAACACGUUGUUGUCCGUCCUCAGACCCUUUCGGUAUCAUAUAAAACGCCGAACUGGUCUCCACCCUGCAGUGCUCCCCCCACAAAACAAGUUCCUAACUAGAAAACCAAGCAAAACCCAACUUGAAAAGAAACAAGACGAAGACGAAGAACAGAAAAAAAUCAGAAGACAGAUGAAGCUCGUUUGGUCCCCUGAGACAGCAUCAAAGGCCUAUAUUGAUACUGUCAAAUCUUGUGAUCUUUAUCACGAAUCAGGCGUGGCAGAGCUUGUUUCCGCCAUGGCUGCAGGUUGGAACGCCAACUUCAUCGUUGAGACAUGGUCGCAGGGCGGAGUUAUGGCAACAAGUAUUGGCCUAGCGGUGGCGAGCCGUCACACGGGAGGAAGACACGUGUGCAUAGUCCAAAACGAGCAAUCAAGGACAGAGUACACUGAAGGCAUGAUCAAGGCCGGGAUGUCACCGGAAGUUAUGGUGGGAGAGCCGGAGGAAGUGAUGGAUGAGAUAGUGGGCAUAGAUUUCUUGGUGGUUGAUUGCAAGCGAAAGGACUUCUCAAGAAUACCGAGGCUUGCGAAACUGAGCAGCCGUGGUGCGGUUUUGGUGUGCAAGAAUGCGAGUUCCAAGUCGGCUUCAAGCUUCAAAUGGCGAAGCGUUCUCGAUGGUGGAACUCGGCGUCUGGUGCGCUGUGUGUUUCUGCCGGUGGGGAUGGGAUUGGAUAUUGCUUAUGUUGCCACCAGUGGGGGAAAUUCAGGUUCUGGUACAAAAAGAUGGAUCAAGCAUGUGGAUCAACAAUCAGGAGAGGAGUAUGUUAUCAGAAAAUAAAUUUUCAGGCGAAUUAUUUCGAGACUUUUAUGGUUGUAUGUAUAAAUUCAAUUCACGAAUGGUAAGAGAAUUUACAAAAAGAAAACCUACAAAUUGAUUUUAGGUUUGAUUUAAUACGUUGGGUUCUCUUUGUGGAUUAACAUAUUUCUCAAUUCAAUUCCAGAAAAUCAUUUGUAC